AAGAGGUUUUUUAAGCUUUCCAUUUGAUGCUCCACUCGACUCAGUAGUCUCUGGAAAACAAAGCAAUGAGUCAGGCUCGAGUCUUCCAAGCGCAUGCCUACGCCUCACCAUUCUGCACUCGCGCUCACAAGAUCUCCGCUCUCUUCCUCGUAACCGCCACUUUCUUCCUCACUCGUCUCUUCGAUCAAUCCUUCCCUCCCUCCAGCUGCUACCUCGAUCACGGCCGUCCGUCCCCGAACGUCGACAACCUCCACGUCGCCAAAACCAACGCUGCCGGCCACCUCUUGUGGCCCGAGCGAGGGUACGGGUCCUAUCUCUCUCUCAAGAUCUACGUCUACGACGAGAACGAGAUCGACGGCUUAAAACACCUUUUUUACGGAAGAGAUGGAUCCAUUUCUACCAAUGCUUGUCUUAAAGGCCAGUGGGCUUCUCAGGUCAAAAUCCAUAGGCUAUUGCUUGAAUCUCGAUUUCGAACAAGAAAGAAAGAGGAAGCUGAUUUGUUCUUUGUACCAGCUUAUGUUAAAUGUGUUCGGAUGUUGGGUGGUCUUAAUGACAAAGAAAUUAACCAAACAUAUGUCAAGGUUUUGAGCCAGAUGCCGUAUUUCAGGCGAUCCGGAGGACGGGACCAUAUAUUUGUUUUCCCAAGUGGUGCUGGAGCUCACUUGUUUAGAUCUUGGGCAACCUAUAUAAACCGAUCUAUAAUUCUCACUCCUGAGGGAGACCGUACUGAUAAGAGAGACGCAAGUGCCUUUAAUUCAUGGAAAGAUAUCAUCAUUCCUGGAAAUGUUGAUGACGGGAUGACGAAAGCAGGGCCUACUAUUUUCCAGCCUUGGCCUCUAUCAAAGAGAAGGUAUUUGGCAAACUAUUUAGGCCGGGCACAAAAUAAGGUUGGUCGUCUCAAGUUGAUUGAGCUUGCAAGGGAAUAUCCAGAUAAGUUGGAAUGUCCAGAGCUACAGUUCAGGGGUCCUAACAAAUUGGGAAGACUGGAAUACUUUCAGCACCUUGGCAAUGCCAAAUUUUGCCUUGCACCACGUGGAGAGUCAUCUUGGACCCUCCGCUUUUACGAGGCAUUCUUUGUGGAAUGUGUUCCUGUCAUCUUAUCAGAUCAAGUAGAACUACCGUUUCAAAAUGUAAUCGACUACACACAGAUAUCAAUCAAAUGGCCAUCCACAUCAAUAGGACCCGAACUUCUGGACUACCUAGCUUCAAUACCAGAUGAGGUCAUAGAGCAGAUAAUAGCUCGCGGCAGGCAAGUAAGAUGCUUGUGGGUUUACGCUCCGGACUCAGAGCCAUGUUCUACAAUGCAAGCACUAAUGUGGGAGCUUCAGAGGAAAGUGAGGCAAUUUCACCAAUCAGCUGAAACAUUUUGGCUGCAUAAUGGAUCCGUUGUGAAUAGAGAUCUUGUUGAAUUUGCAAACUGGAAACCUCCUUUACCUCUGCCUUAAAAAAGAAACAGACUAUUUGGUUGGCAGAGAUCUCUUUUUCUUCGAUUUCCACAAAUUAUUAUUUACUAUUUUUUCUAGGUCAUAGAGCAUUUGUCUUU